AAUUUGGAUAAUCCUCAUUAGCUCUCACGCGUGUCUUUGAUUUUCGUUCACCGCGCGUGCGUCACAUCGACAGAAUAUUCGAUAGAUAAAAUAACAAAUUUCAACCUGAAAACCGGUGUAGCUGAUCAUUUAUCGUGUCAUUCAGCAUCGCGUGCGUUUCUUUAAUGCAAAGUUAAGCCGAUCGACUCGAACUUCGGUCGGCUUGACUCGCGAACUAUUUGUACAGGUGGUGUGACGCGAUUGGUUGCCGAGUCAACAAUAGCCGUCGUAGUUUAUCCGCUUUCUUCGAAAAGAAAAAAACGGUUCAUCGGUAUCACGUGCACGAUCGUUUUACUUAUCGGUCCCCUGACCGAGCCUCUAUCUCCGCGCAAUCGAUCGGAAGAUUUGCAAUAAGAAAAAUCGUAAAAUUCUCUCACACGUGCCGCGGGAUUUUUAAACGCGAAAUUCAUCGACGCUGCGCGCCCUCGCAAGUCUCUUUCUCGAAUGUGUAUUUUUAAAAUCGUGAAAACUAAACUGCGGUACACGCACAACAAUGAGAAUAACGAUGAACUCGACGACUUCCUGGACGCUGAUCAGUGCUGUAGGAUGGCUGACAACUAUCUGAUCGCGAUGGUGUUCACCUACUUCCUCAGAGCUGCUCUACGACCAGAGGAGUACACAAAAACGAAUUUCUUCGUGGCCCUAUACUUGGCCCAUGACAUGGAAGAGGAUCAGGACGACGCUCGCGUGAUGAUCCGCGAUCACAUUGGCCUUGAUGAACCUGAGGUCAGUUGUUCGCCGUCCCUGUUUUUCACACAAAAGGACAAAUUCUGGGAGAGGAUGCAUCAUCGUGGCGCGGUGUCUCGCCUCUGCUGUGACAAGGUGAUGCAGAUGAUAAGACCCUUCCACAAGGUCUGGUCUCGUCGGAGACACGUAAACCACUCGGGAGCCUCCAGGCAUUCUAAUAGGAAAGAUGAUAUUUGCCCAAACUGUCCAAAGACUGUACUUUCACAGUAUUCGACUUCGUCGUCAGAUUUCAGCCCAGAAGUUGUCUUCAGUUUUCGAAGAUCUAGAUUGUCCAGUCACCGAGUUUUACACAACCGUUAUAAUUUCGAUUUUGAAUAGAUUAGUUUUCUAGCAGAGUACAGACUGUGAAAUAAUUUUUUAAUCAUUCACACAGCCCUUGUUAUGUUCCUUCCUAGAAAUUGGUGUAUACACUUUGUUAUAUGUUAUUUUAAUUUUUCCUCCCGGUAUAAGAUAAGUAAUCGUUACCUCGACUCUGCGGGACAUAAUUUAUUGUGUAGAUUAAAAUAAAAAUCGAUCACAUUUAUCGACGAUACAAUUAAUACAGAAUCCGUAGAUCGCCGGCAGUACGCCGUAAUAAAGUACAAAAUACAUUAGGAUUUACGAUGUAAAAGCUGAGAAUAAAAUAUAUAAUAUAA